AUGGAUCAGCCAACGAACACACAGACCCAGCAUCAACACGAACCCAUCAGCUUUGGAAUUGAUCAGAUUUUAAAUAGUUCUGAUCAGGAAAACUCUUCCCAGCCUGCCCCCAGAGGAUCAGACAACACAAAUUACCUGGGAAGCCCUGUGAGCAGAACAAGUGCCCCUUAUCCUUCCCUUCCAGCUUCCUUCCCUGGCAUCGGGGCGCCUUUUGAAGACUCUGGAUCUUACAGUGUGAAUCUGAGCUUGGCUCCAGCUGGAGUGAUCAGGGUGCCAGCUCACAGACCCAUCCCUGGGGCUGUGCCACCUCCAAUUUCUAGUGCCAUCCCAGCUAUGCCAGCUGUACCCAGCCUUGGCAGCCUCAACUUCCCUUGGAUGGAGAGCAGCAGGAGAUUCGUAAAGGACAGAUUCACAGCGGCGGCCGCGCUCACCCCCUUCACCGUCACCCGGCGGAUCGGGCACCCCUACCAGAACCGCACCCCGCCCAAGCGCAAGAAGCCGCGCACCUCCUUCUCCCGGGUGCAGAUCUGCGAGCUGGAGAAGCGCUUCCAUCGGCAGAAGUACCUGGCCUCGGCCGAGAGGGCGGCGCUCGCCAAGUCCCUCAAGAUGACGGACGCGCAGGUCAAGACCUGGUUCCAGAACAGGCGGACCAAGUGGCGGAGACAGACCGCAGAGGAAAGGGAAGCGGAGAGGCAACAGGCGAGCAGGCUGAUGCUCCAACUCCAGCACGACGCUUUCCAGAAAUCCUUGAACGAUUCAAUCCAGCCCGACCCCCUCUGUCUACACAACUCCUCGCUCUUUGCACUGCAGAACCUCCAGCCCUGGGAAGAGGAAAACUCCAAGAUCCCACCUGUUACCUCGCUCGUGUAA